AUGUCUCCUCCAACCGACCGAACCGCAAUCCUGAAGCGCCUUCGUUCCCAAAUCGAACAAGGCCACAUCCUCGUUGGAGCAGGCGCUGGUAUUGGCCUGAGCGCAAAGUUCGUCGAAGCCGGCGGAGGCGACUUGAUCAUCAUCUACAACAGCGGGCGCUACCGAAUGGCGGGCCGGGGAUCACUAGCCGGGCUUAUGCCAUACGGAAAUGCUAAUGAUGUGGUGUUGGAAAUGGCAGGCGAAGUCCUCCCCAUAGUGCAACACACGCCUGUGCUAGCCGGCGUGUGCGCCACGGACCCCUUCCGCUCAAUGCCACGCUUCCUGCAACAACUCAAAGAUCUCGGGUUUGCCGGGAUCCAAAACUUUCCUACCGUCGGUCUCAUCGACGGAACAUUCCGGCAACACCUCGAGGAGACAGGAAUGAGCUACGACGCGGAGGUUGCCAUGAUCAAGCAAGCCCGAGACCUGGAUCUACUAACAACACCGUACGUCUUCAAUGUCUCGGAAGCAAAGAAAAUGGCAGAAGCAGGUGCGGAUAUCCUGGUUGCGCAUAUGGGUCUUACGACCUCGGGGAGUAUUGGGGCUACUUCGGGCAAGAGUUUGGAUGAAUGUGUUAAGUUGAUUCAGGAGAUUCGAGAUGCAGCGGCGGCCAUCAAGGACGAUAUUAUUGUGCUGUGUCACGGGGGCCCGAUCGCGAGGCCGGAGGAUGCCGAGUACGUGAUUGGGAAAACGAAGGGUGUGCAUGGGUUUUAUGGCGCGAGCUCGAUGGAAAGACUGCCGGUCGAGGAAGCGAUUACAGCAAUUACUAAGAAGUUCAAGGGGUUGAAGCCUAGUAGUUAGGAGUCGUAAACCACAAUCGCAUUACCGUCAACGCUGAUCGACCUAACAGAAUGGCUUUAGCUGAGUUUGCUGAG